GUGAAUUUCGCGUCCUUCCGCGCAUGUCAAUAAUCCUCACAAUAUAUUUGGUUUUCUUUGUUUGUGGGUCUUCCGCGAGGUCGCUCUUCAAAUUUCCUGUGUAUCAAUAUAAACGCAAAGCCACAAACGAACAGUUGUUUCAGAAAGUUGCCACGAACUGUAGUGAUACUUGCCCAUUAGAACACAAUAGCUCUUCACUCGAAUAUACUAAAUGUGUUCGUCUUUGUAUGAGCGGAAGCUGCUACAACUCACUUUAUGGCUUUGAUGAACUAGAAGAAGGUGAAAUUGACGUCAGAUUUUCAUCGUUUAAAGGUUGUGUUCUGCAAAAACUGAAAGAGAAGGGUUUUCGUGUAAUAUAAUUCACUUUCCAGAGAAAUGGACAACAAACCUACGUCGAUAAGAUCAUCUUUGCCUACUGCUACUAAUUCGACAGUUAACUAUCAUGAAGUAUUCAGUGAGUUGGUUCCGGUGCUGACUCAGUGUUUUGGUGUAAUUCUCUUGGGUUAUAUCGCUGGCCUCCUGAAAAUUUUUUCGGAACCCCAAGCUAAGGGACUCAACCUCUAUGUCACUAGAUUCGCUUUGCCCAUUGUAUUUUUUCGCGGAUGUUGUUUACGGAAUUGAGAGGACGACAAGCGAAUGUCCGGCACUUUAACCGGGUUGGUGAAUGCGGAGAAUCCACCUAGGGGAUUUGGAAAACCCUGAUUACAAACCAAUGGUGUAUAUGGACUCCAGGAUCCUAAGGAAACAAAUGGCGUAUGCACUCAUUGUUGGUCACCAGUUACCAUGGGACUGCAUCUCCUUAUGAUGUUCCAUUGCCUUUUGGAUUAGACCUUCAGGUUGAAGGCUCCGGGUGUGGUUCCCUAAGAAAACCACCCUCUUUGGUUCGCGCACUCGGGCAGUAUCCCAUCCCUCAUACAAAUCUAGUGAUUUAUGCGGCGCAUAUCUAUUUGGUGCCUCAUUUUACCAAUGUUUAUGUGUUCGAAUAAAUACAUAUGUUUUUUAAAACUUUAUUUAAGAGUUUUAGUCUUUCUGUCAUUGCUACCACAUUACUUCAAUCCUGUUUUGUAUUUUUCUAUUAUGGAAACUUGGACUUACAUUUACUCUAGGCCCCAUGUUGAUAGUAUCUAACUGUUACAUAUAAAAAUAGAAAAAGUUCGUUCUCUGUCUAGAUAUGUCUUCAUACGUUUAAGAAUCCAUAUUCGCUUUUGGGACAUUUAUGGUCUCUGUCUUCUCAUUAAGAAAGGGCCUAUAAUUAGCAAAAUAUCGAAACAAACGCCUGACAAUUAAAAUGGGAUGGGAAAUAGCAAGGGUUUUUUUGGUAGAGGUAGCGAACUCUGAUUUCUUACCUAUGAGUCGUGUAGGCUCUCAGGCACGGAACAAAUAGUUUCUAAACCCACUUGAAUAACUAACAACCAUAGGUAUUGAUCUUUCGACUUACUCCUUCUACUUUGCGAGGUAGACCCUUGAGUUAAAGACCCAAGGAAUUAAUGAAAUCAUUUACUUCGGCUUGGACAUCCAAACAAUUCAAAAGCGCUCAUACAAAUUUCACUAAACCAAGUCGGGAACAUAAAUAACUCACUCCUCAAACACCCGAUCACACACAUUUUGUGAUAUAUACCAUAGUGCUCUGCUCUACUAAUCAUGUUUUAUCUUAUGAACAACUAAAAUAGUAAUCGAUCGAUUAAUAAUCUUGUUUUUCCACUGUUCACUUAUAAAUCAGUAGUUGGUGUACAGUCACUAUUAUCUUUUCAUUGUCUGACUGAAAACUUUAUUGGUUUAUUCUAGGCCAUGGUAACAAUUAAUUUUUCUGGUGUCUGUUGGUCUUUCGUCAUGGCUAUAUCUAUCAGUAAAUUGAUCGGUUUUAUAAUGGCAAUUACGUUCACGUAUUUAAUCAGUCGACGUUUUCAUCUGGGCAUAGCUGCUAUUGUUGCUAUGUUUGUAUCGCAGACCAAUGAUGUAGCAUUAGCUUAUCCUAUACUCUAUGCUCUUUUCCCUGAUUUGGCUAGUUAUAUUUAUUUAUUUGCGCCAAUCCAACUGAUUGUUCUUAAUCCAUUCGCUUAUUUUCUAUUGGAGCUAGAACGAGUCAGACUAACUAAUAGUGAGCUUAAACCGUUAAUUCAUAGUGAAGAUAGUGAUAUUGAUAGAAGACAAUUAAUAGAUGGUAAAAGCUCGAAUUCAGUCCCAUCAUGUGGUCGAUGCCAACAAUUGACACAGGUUAUGUUCAAUGUUCUCAAGAAUCCUUUAAUUUUCAUGACUUUAAUUGGUAUCAUUUUUAAUCUUAUAUUGAAGCACCAUUUACCAGUGUAUAUAAAUGGCUUGCUCAGUGUUAUAGCUGACUCCUUCAGUGCGACUGCUUUAUUUUCACUCGGUUAUAGUAUGGUUGGCAAAAUGUCUACCAUCACUCAAAGAGAAGUUUACAUUUUGACAACAAUCCUAUUGACAAAACUUUUGAUUGUUCCUUUUAUUACACGUGAACUUGUUGUUCAAAUGAUGCCUAUUGCAUUAGCUAAUGAAACAUUACGUUAUUCUACAUUUGGUUUCUUGUAUGGUACUACACCGACAGCCCCACCUGUGUUCUUAUUUGCUGCUGAAUAUCAAGUUAUACCUGUGGCCAUCGGUGUUGGUCUUGUCUUGGGAACAUUCCUAUGUGCGCCAAUUAUGUUUAUUUUUGCACGUAUUAUUACAUUGUACAACGCAGAACCAAGUGAUUAUGCAGGUAUACUCGGUACAACUGUUGAAGAUAUUUCUUGGAUUAGUAUUGUAUGCUGUAUUUGGACAUUGGGUGUACUUUGUGUUAGUCGAAAAGCUAUUCGAGUUCCUAAUCGAUUCACAUUAUGUCAUUUAAUUUGUGUGCUAUUCACUUGUACUGGAUUAUUACUUGGUCGUUUCGUAAAUUAUUAUUAUUAUGGUAUUGAAGAAAGUGUAAAUGGUGGAAAAUUGAGUCAACCAAUACGCUGGUUAAAUUACUUGCAUUUUGCAAUAUUCUUUUUUGGUUCUACGGGUACACGUUGUUGGACCACAUUAAUCGCAUUAGUUCUUGUUAUGGAACGUGCACGUAGUCUAUGCUUUGUAUUACGAUAUCAAUUGCAUAUUUACUUAACUGGCUUCUUAACACCUGCAGUUGUCACUGGCCUACUACUGUUAACAUCAUUUGGUCAUAUGGUGAAAGAUAUCGAUCCGAUUUUUCAAUGUGGUACUAAUCAACUGAUUAUAUCAAUCUUAGUUUUGAUAGUUAAUGCAUCUGGUACUUUAGCCUGUUUAAUCAGUUUUAUACGAAUCGAUGUUCCUGUGCAAGAUUGUUAUGAGAUUAAAGCAUCACCAGAUGUAGCAGAAGGAAUAUGUCGUUCACAACUUUGUCGAAAUUUUAACGAUUUUGACAAAAAUGAUACCAAUCAAACACAACAGUCUCAACAAACUUCUCCAAGUAAUUCAAUCAUUACAGACAGUUAUCGAAUCACUAGAAACAGUGAUGAUUCCGAGUUACUAAGUUGUAGAAAUCCACAAAUUCCACAGUCAUGUGAUUCUGCGAAAUUCUGUAAUCAAUGUGAUAAGAAACAACGAAAAGAAUGUGCCAAAAUUCUUGCACGAUAUUGUGAAACACAUCAACCUUCCAUGAUAUCGUCAACAUCAGCUACGCAUCCAAUAACUCAACAAAUUUCUUUAGGACUUGAGUUGGAUAAUGUUCAUGCCCAGGGAAACAAUAAACCUCCACAUCAUAAACAUGUGAUAUUCUUAAUAUUAAUAUUAGUUACAAUGUUUCUUGGUAUUUGUCUGUGUACUUGGAGGCUUGUACAUGAUGCUCCAACAGGUGUUUACAUAGUUCUCGAAUUUUUGGAUGGUUCUUUUAAUUUUGGUCAAGGUGUAGUUUUAUUUGUAUUAUUUGGCCUAGAUGCAGAUUUGUUUAUUGCACCGAUAAAACGUUUUUUAUCACGUUGGUUUAGUCAUUUCACCAGUAAACAAUUCAAUGGAAGUUUCAAUGAAGCUUUGCAUCAGACAACUGUUGAUAAGAGUAAAAUUGAUAAAAUAGUGAAUCAGUUUGUGAAAUUUCAUCUAAAAUCAUGUUCAACAAAUAUUGGUACUGAGAAAACAAUUAAUUCAAUUCACUACGAACAAAUAUUUUAUCAGUACACCCUGGAACAAUGGUUAAUUGCCGCCGGUAUCACUGAUUCCAAUGAAGAGACAUUAUGUUAUAUAGAAUGCCUUGAAUUAGGUAAUAUUAUAACGUGUAUCAAUCCUAUGACAAAUGAAUCAUUUAUGCAUAAAGAUACAAUGACUGCAAUAUCAAAUACAAAACGCUUGUUAACAUUCACUGCUUAUGCUUGGGGUUUACAUAAUAUAAGUUACUAAAGAAAUUAAUUAUAAUUCAUAGCAGAAACUAUAAUAGUGUUAUAUUUUUUUCUUGCCUACAUUAUAUAUCUGUCACAAAUAAACAAUAGCUUUCAUAGUUAUCAGAUCAUUGACUGUUCUUGACCAUUACUUACUUUAAACAUGUUCAAGCUCACUUGUCUUUCGAUGAUCAUGAGAUGUGUUUUUAUUUGCUUCUCAUAUUCUAAUCCCGAUGGGUUGACGACCAGGAGAGGAAGGAAAAGUAACAUCUCUCAAUAUAACAACUUCAUAGUCUAACAAAACAGUGAUAGUUGUUUAUUCCAACUUUUUUUCUUUUCAAUAUCAUUCCAAUGUUUGUGUAUUUUCUUCCCUGAUCAUUGACAAACUGAGAUUACCCAUCUAUUCUUGUCAUGUUGAACUUUUGUGCUUUUUUUCCGUUUGUUUUAAAAUUUGUUGUAGCUGUUGCCGCUUUUCUAGUCUACACUUUUUUGGUUGCAUCUUUGUAUGUAUGUUUGUUGACUGCUGUCUGUUUUAACACUGAUAAUAAUUGGUUAAUUAAAACAAUAAUUGUUUAGUUUAACU